AUGGAUUUGAUGAUACGAAGACAUGAGUUCUUUGAGGCCCAUUGGAACUGCUCACAAUACAAUGCUAGUGCGAUUCCGGAGAGCGAGCGACGACAUCCCUUUUAUGGGCUGUUUUUGUUCAGUGUCAGUGUGGUCUAUAUGGUAAGGAGGACCAGAUUUUCCGAUUUUACAAUUAGGUGGUUUCUGAGGCAAAUUCAGCUGAAUCGCAAGUGUAAUAUUGUGACUAUUCGUCUAGUCCUCGAAAAUUUUAGCCGUUUUCAACGAGAUGUUCAACGGGUUUCUUUACGAAAGAGUACGUAAAAUACGAAGAGUCAGCCAGACAGAAAGAAAAUUUUUCUGUCUGGCAGACCCUCCACAUUUUACGUACUCUCUCGUAGAAAGACCGUUGAACAGCCGCUGAAGGAGCUAAGACGUCAGGGCUUCAACAAGGCCUUCAACAACUAGCUAAACACCUUGGUUUCUUUUAUAUUUGCGUUUGGAUUUAGUAUCUGACCUAUCGCUAAUAGUAUGUACAGGAAAGUUCAAGGAAUACGUCCAGCACUUUUCGAAAGCUUUAUAGCUCAAAUUAUACAUGAUGUUUACGGUCCAUUAAGCUAAAUUGCGGGGAAAUUGUGUAUUCUCAUAGUUUUAUCGCGUUUACCGCAGCAGUUACUCAUUAUUUCCGGCUUGGCAAAACUUUGAGCUGCUUUUGAGAAGGCGAAUUUGCCAUUAUUUGCGUUUGGAUUUAGUAUCUGACCUAUCGCUAAUAGUAUGUACAGGAAAGUUCAAGGAAUACGUCCAGCACUUUUCGAAAGCUUUAUAGCUCAAAUUAUACAUGAUGUUUACGGUCCAUUAAGCUAAAUUGCGGGGAAAUUGUGUAUUCUCAUAGUUUUAUCGCGUUUACCGCAGCAGUUACUCAUUAUUUCCGGCUUGGCAAAACUUUGAGCUGCUUUUGAGAAGGCGAAUUUGCCAUAACCACAAAAAAUACGGAAAAUUUUUUGAGCAAAAAAUGCAAAAGUACUUCGGCAAUUAAACCCAUGGCUUAGCAUUCCACUCAAUUACAAAUGCCCUAUUUUCUUUGUGGUCAAUGAAAAUUUUGUCCUUUAUGACUUCAAGUCUUAAAAAUGGUCUUAAAAAUCUCGGAUAUUUUUCCCCAAAAGUCCAAUUAUUAACAUGUGUCAAGAAAUGUAGGUUCAUGAAACUGAAUUUUACACUAUUUUGUUCCACGUUGUUUUUGAAAUUUUAAACAUCGGAAAGGUUAUUUACUUCGAAAAUUUCUGGAAUUUUGAGGAUUACAAAUGUUACUGUAAAACUGCAAGUUUCCAAGAACAUUGUUACGGAAGACGUAAAUGGAAACAACGAUACGACGGAAAAGUCACUUUAAACUAAAAGUUCGACCUAAGAUUAUAUUACUUUAGGUACUGUACGUCCCAUGUUUGUACGCGAUGACCAGGAAAGAGCUCUACGCCAAUCCCUGCUACAAGAUCAUGGUCCAGAUGGCCUGCUACGACUGCAUUACCAUCCCAAUCACCGGUCUUUUAUCCGGAUUUCUCAGCUUUUACGGAGUCAUGUAUUGUGAUGCAAGACUGAUGAAUAAUAUUGUUGGAACUGUACUACUUGGUAAGAAACUUUAUUUCCAAUUUCGGCAAAGCCUAUUUUACCAUCAAAUCUAAAGCUUAGUAGUCUUUACACCACAAAAAUUAUAUUACAAUUGACCUUUUAGGAGUUUGGAUGGCAUAUUCCUGGGCCGCGGUAAUCCUAGCGCUGAACCGCAUUGCCUCGCUAACUGAUAAGGAACACUGGUUCCGAAAAAAUCGCGUCUACUUCUGGCUGUCCAUCCCCUUGCUAGUUGGCCUAGUAUCUUCAAUUUUUGGAACCCCGGUCGCGUACUCUCCCAUCUUGGGAAGCUGGACGUUCAAUCCAUUCAUCGAGAGUGUGGUGGAUGUAAACAACCUUGUAAGUUCUACAUAAAAGGAUAGAAAUUUUAUAUUAUUUUAGACUGCAGCGGCGGACCUGAUCCAGUGACAAAAAACGUGCCAUUUUGCACCCGGGAUGUAUCAAAAAAUAUAACAAAAUAGCUCCCUCUCCAAGUGAAAAAACUCCAAUUUCAAAAGCGCGCCCGCUCUUUUUGUGAGGGAAAGGUUCAAAACAGAGUUUCUUUAGUUGUAGAGGAGGCAUUUUGCUACAUUUUUUGAUACUUCCCGUAUGCAAAAUGGUAAAUUUUUUGCAACCGGAUCAGGUCCGUCACUGUAAUACCUUGAUAUUACGAUGACUAAAUUUAUGUUCUAAAAUAAGGAAAGAUGUCUGGCAUACGCCUGAAAUCCCUUAUAAAGUUCGUUUUCAGUAUUCCAUGCCAAUUCACACCGCAGACAACCUGUCCUUCAGCAUUAUACUGCCUACAAUUUACCUCGUCUUCUUCCUGAAAAACCGAGCCUUACUGAGGAAUAAAAGUAACUCAGUAACUUCGAAAAAGGAUUUCAGUGUAAGUUUACUCCAUCUUCUAUAAGGCAAACGCAUUUUUUUCCAAUAAAAAACUGAUUUUUGACAAAAAAUGAGAUCAUCUGACAGUACAAUAUAUAAGUGUCGAAAACCCUAUAAAAACCUUUUUUUCAGCUGUUCAUUCAAUGCUGUAUAAUCAGUGCCUGCAUCACUGUAGCUGCCACCGGUUAUACCUUCAUUCAAUUCUUGCCGCUGCCUUUGUGGAUCGCUAAAGUUAGUCACAUCUUGUGGCUUCUAGUGCAAGGUAAAUAAAAAUUAUCAAAAAAUAUAUCAAUCCCCUAAAAAUCUAAUAAAACGUUCUCUGCAGGCUCUCCACCAAUAGUCUACCUUCUAAUCAACCGGAGUAUUCAACGGAUCCUCCUCAAGAAGAUCCGAAUUCGCGUCAAAUCGACGAUGGCCAGCAACUCGGGUGGUGGAAAUUCGUUUGGAAAUGUGGUCCACACUGUUCCGAGCAAUACGUUUAACUAA